AUGGAGGACCAGUCGAACAGGGCGCAUAGGCCCGCAAAAGAGAAAAAGAAAUACAGUGGUGCUAACCCGAAGGCAUUCGCAUUCUCGAAUCCUGGAAAGGGUGGCAGACAGGCUGCGCGAUCCCACGAUAUCAAAGAGAAGAGGCUACAUGUACCCUUGGUAGAUCGUCUGCCCGAAGAGGCUCCCCCGCUUGUCGUUGCGGUUGUUGGACCUCCAGGUGUUGGAAAAACCACCCUUAUUAAGUCCUUGAUUCGUCGUUAUACGAAACAAACACUUAGUACACCUAAAGGGCCUCUGACGGUGGUGACGGCGAAACGCCGACGGCUCACAAUCAUCGAAUGUCCUUCCGACUCCCUUGCUAGCAUGAUCGAUAUCUCCAAAAUUGCGGACAUUGUUCUUCUGAUGAUCGACGGCAAUUAUGGGUUCGAGAUGGAGACCAUGGAAUUCCUCAAUGUCUUGGCCUCUAGUGGUAUGCCUGGAAAUGUGUUCGGCAUUUUGACGCACCUGGAUCUUUUCAAGAAGCAAAGCACCCUUCGCGCGGCGAAAAAACGAUUGAAGCACCGUUUCUGGAGUGAACUCUACAACGGCGCAAAGCUUUUUUACCUCUCUGGCGUGGUGAACGGCCGCUAUCCUGACCGCGAAAUUCAUAAUCUCUCCCGCUUCCUGUCCGUCAUGAAGAAUCCUCGGCCGUUGGUUUGGCGAAACUCUCACCCUUACGCGCUUGCAGAUCGGUUUCUAGAUAUCACACCUCCAACCCAGAUUGAAGAGAAUCCCAAGUGCGACCGGACCGUCGCGCUGUACGGAUAUCUGAGGGGAACAAACUUUCCCGCUCAAGGCGCACGAGUUCACGUUCCUGGCGUUGGCGACUUGACAGUUGCGGGUAUUGAAGCCCUCCCAGACCCGUGUCCGACCCCGUACAUGGAUCAGCAACUUGCCAAGACAUCUGGCAGGGCAAGCAAACGCAGACUAGGCGAGAAGCAAAAACUCCUAUUCGCUCCCAUGUCAGAUGUCGGUGGUGUUUUGGUCGAUAAGGAUGCCGUAUACAUUGACGUCAAGACAUCGAAUUUCGAACGAGGUGAAGAUGAGGACAAUCAAGAUCGCGGCUUGGGAGAGCAGUUGGUUGUCGGUUUGCAGGGUGAGCGCAAAUUGCUUGGUGAGGCAGAGGGUGGUGUCCGUCUCUUCAGCGGUGGUGAGGUUUUGGAAAAAGCGGAUGAUGACGGGGACAAUGUUGGCAGAAAAGAGAGGAGAAAAGUGAGAGUCAUGGAAGGAGAGAACGAUCAACAGGAACUGUCGGAUGAGGAUGAAGGGUUCGAAAGCGGAGAAGACGAAGAAUUGGAUGAGGAUGGAGAAGGCGGCGAUCUCAGCGACGAGGAGGAUGGUGACCUGGAAGAUGUCUCCGCCCCACCAGAUUUUGAAGAGAACUUCAAGGAAAGGCAGAAUGGCAGUGCCCAUCGUGAAGAAGGGGAUCUUGCCUUUGCGGACAGUGAUUCCGACCUGGGUUCCAUUUCGUCUGUUGAGGAUCAGGAGCUCGAAAGCGACGUUGACGACGAGGACGACGUGGACGAGGAUGAUGACGGCGCGCUUCGUUGGAAAGAAAACAUGAUUGCUAAUGCGAAGGCCCUUCAUGGCAAGCGACCAAAGUUCCGUGUUGCUGACCUUUCACGGAUGAUGUACGACGAGUCUAUUGCCCCAGCAGAUGUGGUGAAGAGAUGGCGGGGCGAAGACGAUGAGGAAGAAGAAUUCGAAGACGAGGAGCGAGAAGAGGAUGAAGACGAUUUCUUCAAGAAGACCAACACGGAGAAGGAAGAACAAUCGGAUUAUCGUGCUGUUCCUGAAUAUGAUUAUGAGAAACUGGAACAAAAAUGGCAAGACAGUGAUAUGAUCGAGGCUCUGCGGAGUCGUUUCGCUACCGCUAAACUCUCUGGUGGGGAUGACGAUGAUGACGACGACGUGGACGACGAUGAGCUCGAUGAUGCUUUCGACGAAGACGACGAGGGAGACGGCACUUUUGAGGAUCUCGAGACCGGCGAGGUGUUCAAUGGACUCUCCGACAACGAAGACGGAGAUGACACUAAGAAGGAGGAAGGUCCAGUGGACCUAGAGGCCGAGCGUGAACGCAACGCGAAGAAGAAAGAAGAACUGCGACUGCGAUUCGAGGAAGAGGACCGCGAAGGUUUUGCCAACUCGAAAGACAAUGCACGACAGGCAGGUGCAGGCGGAGAAGAAGAAUUCGGCGAGGACCAAUGGUACGAGCUGCAAAAGGCGAAGCUGCAAAAGCAGCAGGACAUCAACCGCGCUGAAUUCGAAACUCUUGACCCUGCCUCGAGGGCCAGAGCGGAAGGCUUCAGAGCUGGAACCUAUGCCAGGAUAGUCCUCGAGAAAGUGCCAUGCGAGUUCGCUACCAAGUUCAACCCUCGAUUCCCAGUGAUCGUUGGCGGGCUGGCCCCCACCGAAGAUCGAUUCGGUUACGUGCAGGUCCGAAUCAAGAGGCACCGUUGGCACAAAAAGAUCUUGAAGACCAAUGAUCCUCUGAUUUUCUCCUUGGGUUGGCGUCGCUUCCAGACCCUGCCCAUCUACAGUACAUCUGACAGUCGAACACGAAACCGCAUGCUUAAAUAUACCCCUGAGCACAUGCAUUGCUUUGCUACCUUCUACGGCCCGCUUGUCGCGCCGAACACAGGCUUCAGCUGUGUACAGUCGCUCUCGAACAAGACGCCAGGCUUCCGCAUUGCGGCCACUGGUGUGGUAUUGAGUGUGGACGAACACACGGAGAUCGUCAAGAAGUUGAAGCUUACCGGUGUGCCUUACAAGAUCUUCAAGAACACCGCCUUCAUCAAAGACAUGUUCAACUCGUCGCUUGAAAUUGCCAAGUUCGAGGGUGCUUCAAUCCGAACUGUCUCCGGCAUUCGUGGUCAGAUCAAGCGAGCCCUCAGCAAACCCGAAGGAUGCUUCCGUGCCACUUUCGAGGAUAAGAUCCUGAUGAGCGACAUCGUCUUCCUGCGUGCAUGGUACCCGAUUAAACCACACCGUUUCUACAACCCGGUGACGAACCUGCUCGACUUGGACGAGGAAGGUUCGAGCGAUAGCGGUUGGUUGGGUAUGCGACUGACCGGUGAGGUGCGCCGCGAGAAGGGUAUCCCCACUCCGCAGAACAAAGACUCAGCCUAUCGCCCGGUCGAGCGACCUACUCGUAAUUUCAACCCUCUUCGCGUGCCACGGCAGCUGGCCGCAGACCUCCCCUUCAAAUCCCAGAUCACCCGGAUGAAGCCACAUAAAGACAAGACUUACAUGCAGAAACGCGCGGUGGUGCUUGGUGGAGAGGAGAAGAAGGCGCGAGACCUUAUGCAGAAACUCACCACUCUGCGGAAUGAGAAGCAGGCCAAACGAGCCGCGAAGCAAGAGGAGCGUCGUAAGGUGUACCGCGCCAAGGUCGCGGAAAGUCUUGAAAAGAAAGCGGAGCGAGAGAAGCGGGAGCGUGACGAAUAUUGGCGACGGGAAGGGAGGAAGCGGAAGAACCAAGACGCAGAAGGUGGAGGAGGCAAGAAACGCAAGUGA